AUGAGACGCUGCUCUGUGAUUGGCCGACAGGAUGAGUACCGUGCGGAGCGCGAACUGACGGAGGAGGACGUGAAGAACGCCGUGUCCAUCCAUCACUCUCUGGCCAUGAGAGCCGCCGACUACAGCAAGAGACCCAACGUCUUCUACCUGCGGACGGCCGACUGGAGGGUCUUCCUGCUGCAGGCGCCGAACGCAGAGCAGAUGCAGUCGUGGAUCACGCGCAUCAACGUUGUGGCGGCCAUGUUUUCGGCUCCUCCGUUCCCGGCGGCGAUCGGCUCCCAAAAGAGAUUCAGUCGUCCUCUGCUGCCGGGAUCCAACACCAAACUGAGCCAGGAGGAGCAGGUCAAAUCUCACGAGAACCGGUUCAGGGCGGUUUCCUCCGAGCUGGCCGACCUCACGGCCUCCACACCCGACCGCAAGGUGAAAGGUCGCGAGCUGGAGGAGCAAAAACUGCGACAGGAGUACCUGGAGUUCGAG